GUCGUUGCGCUGAACACGUUCAGGCCCGACUCCUACCUCAUCUACGGAAAUCAGAAAAGUAGUCGAGAGUAGACAGCCGUUAGGUGAUCACACGCGGCGCGCGGGCUCCGAGCGGAAAAAAAGUUUUGUUGAUUUGGCUGGUUGGUUCAGAGGAGGUUUCCGAGGAACCCCUGGUCUCGAGUUUCGGAACCGUUCUCGGUGAGCUUCCGUCGUCUAGGGCGGUAUUGUUCUGCGGAAGCGCCUGGCAGCAGUGUAGCGUGAUCAGCUCAAGACACAGUGGAGAACAACAGCGUGUACUUAAGAACCCAUUGGUUCUGGGGAUCGUAGCAGGCGAAGUGGUAGCAGCAGGUGCGAACGCGCCUACUUCUCUUAGUGUUCAGUGGUGCAAUACAGCUAACGUUAGCCAAAAUGACGUUUCGAAGCGAUCUUCCCGAGGGUGUCAGCUGGAUAGCUGGAUGAUACGCGCGAAGAAACAGUCACAGGUGUGUUGUGGUGAACAGUGCAAGUACAGAGCGUGUAACGCGCGCAACAACAGUGAUCGGGAACAGUGAGUAGAACGUGAAGUGACAAAACACACAACAGUGUCAGCAGUGCGCAACGCGCUGAAUCGUUACGCAAAAGGCGGAAAACCAGUUUCUCCAGCAAAAGGAAAAGUGAGAAGUAAUUCAAGUUGUUGAUUUUUCGGGGUUCGGGCUGUUUCGUUGAUUUGGUGGAUGUUGUUGGGUACUUGGCAGAGCGUACAAUCGAUUGUAAAAAACAAAGAGGAAAAGCUCAAGAAAAAAAUAAUAAAAAAAAGGUUACGGAAUCGAGAGUUGGCGGAGCAGAGGAAGAAGCGCAAGCAAAGCGCUGUGCAGAGCGGCGCGCGCGCGCGAAGAAGUGUUGAAGCAUAACUUACGCCGCGGACGGACGGACGGAUGGCGAAGAAGAGCCUACAAGCAAACUAGAUCCGGAUUCGGAAACGUCGUACGGCGCUGAAGGACAGGGAAUUGCGAAAUUCUGCUGUUUUUUGGGCUUAAAAGCGCCCCUACCGGAACCUAAACAGGAACGCUGGCAACACUGAUCCGCAAACGUCAACAUUCCCUUUUCGAAUCCUUCCAGCCGUCCCAGCCCUGACCUCAGCGGUGACCGGUGGCCCCCUCAACAUUCCUUCCCCCGUUUCCGACAGGGAUUUCGAUUCUCUUCUUUUUUUGACAGCUGGGACCGUACGCGAAACGCGACCGUGUAAAUGCUUGGAGUUAGGAUGCUGAUGCUGCAUUAUAGCAAACAUGGCGAGUGCAUACUCCAGGAAAUCGGUGCAGCAUUCCGGGGCGAGCAUGCAACAGACCUUCUGCUGAUCUGCGAUGGCAAGGAAACGGUGCGGGCCCACAAGCUGGUCCUGGCGGCCGCCAGUCCCCUCAUCCGAAUGAUCCUGGAGGAGACGCCCGUGCUGGACGGGGUCACGACGGUGUACUUCCCGGAGGUGCAGGUCAGCUACUUCCGGCUGCUGCUGGACUUUCUGUACUCGGGCCAGGUGUACGUGCGGUCCGUCGAGGAGUACCACCACCUGCAGGAUCUGCUCGCGCUGCUGCAGAUCAAGGCCAGCAUAUGGAAAAACAGCGAUGGGAGUGAUGCAGGGGAACCCCGCAAAUCCGAGCCCCUGGUGGACAUCAACCGCAACACCGAGGGCAUCACCGGCUCCAGCGUAGUCCAUCAGCACCCGUCCCGACGACGUCGCUCCAAAAGCCAGGACUCCCUGUCCGGGGACAGCGCCUCUGGCGGUGGUGGCACCGGCAGCCAAGCCGGCACGCCCAAAAAGGUCAGCGUCAAAAGCGAACGCCACUCUGCGGGAAGUUCGGUGGACGGCGAUGGGGACCGGGACCGCGAGGAAAACCUGGAAUAUCUGGACGAGGUUGAGGAGGCGAUCAUCAAGAGCAAUAACAACCAUCCCCUGCACCCGCAUCAGCACCAUCUGGUGGCCGGAAGUGGCGGUCAUCAUCAUCACCACCAUCACCAUCAUCACCAUCGGCAGCUGCAUCAGAUCAGUCGGCACGACGGCGAUGACGAUGCCGGCGGGGGGAGCGGGAAUGACGGUGCGAGUGAGGGUGGAAGUGGGGAAAGUGGCCGGGCUGGAUCGGUUGCGGGGGAGAGUGCCGGAGAUCGACCAACGCCGACGAAUUUGAGCAGCGGAGGGGGUGGGGCAGGAAGUGGACGCCGAAGUGGGAGCGGAGAACCGACGGAACCUGCGGAAGACGACGAGGACUACGAGCUGGACGUGGAAGAUCGGGGUGGUGAUGGGGACGAAGCGGCUGGCGAGGGAGAGACACGAUCGCGACGGUCGGAUCCUUCGGCGAACCGGAGACGGAGUUCGUCCGACCCGGUGAACCUGUCGAUCGUGAAGCAACAGCAGGACGUGGACUCGGACGAUGCGAACAUCGACGUGGAGACGAUAGGAACUGCGACGACCAAGACCCUCCUUCCGCCGCGCUACCUGGACCCGUUCCGAACCAAGCGGAAAGCGGCCGCGUACUACAUCCACCCGGCGGACGCCGAAGCGCUGAAACCGAUGGAUCACGAGGGGCUGCUGCACAACUCGCCCGACAAUUAUGUGGUGACGCCGCACCGGAAGCGCCGGCCCGGCUUCCACAACUCACCCGCCCAGAAUCCGCCCUUCGUGCCGAGCUACCUGGACGAUCUGAGGGCGCGCAGCAAGUGCUUCCUGUCGGCACCGCCAACGUACCUGCCUGAACUCCGACCCGGCUCCCCAACGUCGGUCCGACACGCCGAGAUCGCCGCCGGCCUUUCGAACAACAACAACAGCAGCAGCAACAACAAUAACAACAACAACCGGAUACGUCCGCCCAGCGCGGACAACAAGCUCGCGGUGGCCCCCUUUGUGUACCCGUGGCCAACGGCCGCCCUAGCCGGUCUUCCGGGCGGUCCGAGCGACCUGCUGGGACUGCCGUACGUCCACGGUGGCGGCCCGAACGCCGAGACGAGUCCGGCGGAUUUGCUGCAGCAGAUGAAGAACUUUGAGAACAGCCAGGCGGAGCUGAGCGCGCGGGCUUCGGCGGCCGGAGGAGGUGGCGGGGGAAGUGGGGGGAAUGGUUCCGGGAGUGGGGGAGUCGCGAGUGGUGGGGGUGGUGGGAGUAUGGGUGGCAACACGGCCGUGCGGGAAUAUCGCUGUGAGUACUGCGGCAAGACGUUCGGCAUGAGCUGGAACCUGAAGACGCAUCUGCGGGUUCACACCGGGGAGAAGCCGUUCGCUUGCCGGUUAUGUGUGGCCAUGUUCAAGCAGAAGGCUCACCUGUUGAAGCAUCUGUGCUCGGUGCAUCGGAACAUAAUCAAUGCGCCGGAAGCGGGCGGGAGGUACACGUGCUGUUUCUGCUCGCUGGUGUUUGAAACGCUGCAGGAACUGGUCCGGCAUCUGUCCGGCCACCACAACAACCUGCUGCUGAGCAAGAACCUCCACGAAUGAUACCAGCUGGCUGUGUCGCCGGAGGACGAAGAGGAAGCCGAACGGUUCCGUCGCUUCUGCUGCUGGAGGCUGGAGAUGUACACCGCAACGCGUCUGUAAGAUACGGAGUUCGUCGUGGCCCCACUGCUGUGAUACGAGGUUUUCCGCCAACCUUAGCUGAAAGGGCCUCGACUCAUCCCCACAACCCACACACAAACAAUCCCCACAAACAACCUUUGUAACCUGUUAAAAGACAGACCACGUGGUGGUCUCUACCUUUUGGAUACUCGAGUAUACGCCACAAACCCAAUUUACCAACUAUUACAAACACACACACACAACAUAGACACAACAGGAAAGAAUAGUAACCAAUAGACAGCAAACAGAACACAAGCAGACCGGACAGCAAGAGUGAGAAUUAGAGAGAGAGAGAGAGAGAGAUUAUUGUUUGUUUUUGGCUCCGCCUACUUGCGCUGCAGGCGCUUUAUUUUUAUUAUUUGUUAAAGACGUCAUUGUUUUCUAUUAUUAAAGUAUUGUCAACCAAUGUUGACACUAAAACAACACACGAGCACAAUUUUGUUAGGCGCACAAAACACUUAAAAUGGUUAAGUAUUUGUACUUUUUUGGUUCGUUCGUUUCGGUCUUUCGAUUAUUUUUUCUUGAUGGAAAUAUCGCACAAAAUUUCAAAUCUUCUUUCUUGGCUUUAAUUUUGAAUUACACGCAGGAAUGUUAACAAUAGAAAGCUUGCGCACAAAAUAAGAACAGUUGCGAUGGAGAAAACAAUAGUGAAUGCUGUCAGUUUGUGCUAAACAAAAUGACGCAGCUGUUUGAAGGAUGCAUCGAAUGGAAUUCAAGAGCGGGUCUCUAACGUUUAAACAAUGCCUACUGUACCAAAUAUUGAAGGUUGAAUGGUUUUACUUUAUUUUAAAUUCAAGCAAAUUUUUUUUGAU